ACAAUUUCUUCUCUCAAUUCUCUACUUCCACUUUCUCUCUCUAAAAAACUUUCCGAGCGAUGUCGAGGCGGCCCGGCAAGGAAGUGGCGGCACAGGCGGCGGGUGGACAGCGGUUUUCCGGCGAGAAGGCAUCGUAUUUUCGUUCUGGGGCUGGGAAGAGUAUGGACAUUAUGAGAAGUACGAUGAACUCAAUGGAGAGCUCGGGGCCCAGACACGUUAGAUCCCGUGGUAUUUCGGCCUCGGCUCGUAGAGAACGGGUGCACUAUUCUGAGGAUGAUGAAGAUGAUGAUGGUGAUGAGGAGGAGGAGGAGGAGGAUGCAGAUGAGGAUGUGGACGAUCAGAGUGGACCAUAUGAUGAUUACGGUCCAUUCAGUCAGAGGCUUGAUGAUGUGUAUGAGACGCGUAGGGUAGACGUGCGUAAGGGUAGAGAUGGUAGAUUUGUUAGUAGAUCUGGCACAUCAUCUGCGUCCACUGUGUCUGCGGUUAGCAGAAAACGGUCGAGGGCCGUUAAUGAUUCUUGGGUGGUGAGGGGCGAGGUGGCUGGGGGACCUAUAGACGGGAGUGUGAUUCCUAGCUUUCUAGGACACAUCGCUACCCGUAUUUGGGAGGACCAAGAGCGGGCUUUGGAUAGCGGCAUUUUGAAAUGCCAAACCCGGGAGAGGACUUGUAACUUCUUGUGUAGUUGGGCUGAGGCUUGGCCGGAGGAGAGCGAGAUGGUCGGCCGAUUGAGGGCCACUAGAGUGAGCCACCUUCCUGCCACCAUGCAUGAGAGGAUUGACUCGACGCUGAUCACGGCUUUCGUUGAGCGAUGGCAGCCGGACACGAACUCUUUCCACCUUCCGUUCGGUGAGAUGACGAUCAUGUUGCAUGACGUCGAGGCCAUCCUUGGGAUUCCCGUAGAGGGAAACCGAGCAUCUGUUGUCACAGAUGCGGAUCAGGCAGAUUUAUUGGCGGAGCUGUUGGCGGUGGAUAGGGCUGCGCUGUACACAGCGGCACUUGGUGUGUGGGAUCACGGCGGUGUUAAGAUCGCAGCAGUUUUGCAGCGAUGUUUGCACCCCACUUCACGUAGGACGCAGGACACACAGCUGGCUGCAUAUGUUUUUCUUCUUCUCGGGUGUACCUUGUUUCCGGAUAAGAGCGGAAACAAGCUCAGGCCACGCGACAUAGUUGACGCGUGUGAGCCCGACAGAGUAGGCCAGUUUUCUUGGGGGUCGGCUACAUUAGCGUACAUGUAUCGCCAGUUAGGAUUCUCGAGCCGGGCAUUAGACUUUUUGAGGAGAGGGACAACAUGA